UUUACAGAAUCGGUAGGAGGAGUUCGUUAGCCUUGUCUGGCUAGGUAAAAGAAAAUUGAACCUUUGCGGCUAUAUCCAAACAUGGGAAAGGAUUUACCAUGGAGCCUAUCAUCUAUAACUCUAAAAAUUUGAUUGACCGAGCAUUGUCUGGGAGAGAUGCCAUUCUUGUGAAGUUCAACAAGUGUGCAGAGAAAGAUGGCCAGACUUAUUUGUCAGAAGCAAAGAAUGUGUUUGAGAAAAUGCAGAAUCCAAUGCUCCUAGAUCCUAAAGCAGAUCGGGAAGAAGUCCGGCAAUAUUUGAAUGACCUCUUAGAGCAAAUGGAAUCUGUGCAACAAAAGUCUAAGGCAUUAAAAGAUCGUCAAAAGGAGUUGAAGGUUCCAUUCAUGAACUUGGAACCAGAGGAGGUGACCUCCACCACUAUGAAAUACCUGAAGACGGUUCAGAUGCUAGAGAAAGGUCUACCACCCAAUGAUGUGGUCAGCAUGUUGAAGAAGAAAGUUGAAGUUAUGAAACAGAGACUUCAGGUAAUAACUGACAUCAGAAACCCACAUCUUAAAAAAAGGCACUGGGACUUGAUCCAGGAAGCAUUGAAUUAUAAAUUUAUCAAAGAUGAGCCUCUAACACUUGGCCUGUUGAUUGAGAUUGAUGCAUUUGACAAGUCUGAAGAAAUGAUGGAGAUAGCUGGCAUGGCGUCCUCACAGGCAGCUCUGGAAGCCAUUCUAAAAAAAGUGGUGGAUGCAUCCAAGCAUGUGGAGUUCCCUGUACUGCCUUACAAAGAUCAGAAAGAUGUCUAUAUAAUUGGGAGCACAGAUGAGAUUCAACAACUGUUAGAUGAUAGUAACAUUAACAUCCAGACCAUUCAGUCAUCAAGACAUGUAGGUCCCAUUAAAACCAAAGUGGAAGAAUGGGCAGCUAGUCUCAGUUUAUUUAAUAAGACUUUGGAAUCAUGGAUCAACUGUCAGAGGACAUGGCUAUAUUUAGAAUCAAUUUUUAGUGCCCCUGAUAUUCAGAGGCAGCUUCCAGUGGAGGCCAAACUGUUUGUUGAAGUUGACAGAUCUUACAAGGAAAUUAUGAGGAGAGUAAAGAAAACUCCUAUACGUAAUGGAACACAGCCAGGUCUCUGGGAAACAUUUGAAUAUAACAAUGAAUUAUUGGAUACAAUUCUGAAAUGUCUUGAAGCCUACCUGGAAACAAAGCGUGUUACAUUUCCAAGGUUCUACUUUCUCUCCAAUGAUGAACUACUUGAAAUACUUGCACAGACUCAAAACCCAUUGGCUGUGCAACCACAUUUACGUAAAUGUUUUGAUGCUAUACACAGACUAGAGUUUGCUGUGGUUGAGGGACUUCCACCUGAGGAAGAGAUUCAAUUUACAAAUGACAUAUUAAGCAUGAUAUCACCAGAAGGAGAGAAAAUUGGAUUGGGCAAAGUAAGUAGUUUCUUUUUUUUUUUUUGUUUAGGAUUUUAUGGCUUAGGAAUUACACAUACUUUUUAUUAAAACAUAGAUCUGUUACAGAAACUGAUUAGCUUUAUAUUUAAUAAUGUGGCCAAAGACAGGUGCAGAAGACAAAAAGAAAACUUAAAUAAACCCAUGCUUUGUCUGCAUUAGAUUUGGCAAAAUAUGCAGGUCAAUAUUGGGUUUGCAUAGUCAUGUGAACCACUGUGUUCACCCUGAAUCUUCAGAAUCAAAGACAUUGCCAUUAAAUACAUUUUAUUAUGGACUCUGUAAAGAACUACCUAAACAAAAAAUUGAGAGUUAUGUUUUGUCAUUGUAAAAUCUAAUGUGAUUGUGACCUUAAACAUUAUAUUUUCUUUCUACUAAAUGCAACUAUAAGACUACUAAUAUUGGUAUUAGGGACAAUAACAAUGAGAAUAAAU